UUUAGAAUUUUAUUUCUUGCAUCAGUUAGAUCAUAAUACCCAUAUGUAUUUUGUAUGGUUUGAAAUCUAUUUAUCAACCUUCAAAGGUCAUUUAUAGCGCAUUAGCGCUCCUAGACUCUCAGUGGCGAUGGCGAUCUGUACUAAUUCUGUACUUCUGUAGCACAGAUAUAGAUAAUAAUAAUUAUUAUUAUUAUCUAUAAUAUCUGUGUUCUGUUAUAUUUUCAAUCAAAUUUUCAAACGAGAAAUUAUUCCUUAUAAAAAUAUGCCUAUUACCUUGUUUUGAUUAUUUCAUAAAAUUCGUAACUUAUAGGGAUUCGUUGCCAACGUUCUAUUAGGAUACGUUCCGAACUUUGAUACCUAGUCUACAUCAUACCCCUGGGACACACUGGAUACAAAAUUCUGAUCAGCCUGCAGUAAGUAAGUUGGUUUAAUGUAAUUUUAUCGUAGUUAUUAUUGAUUUAUACGUUUGUUGGCACUAUUUAGUAUGUAGGUACUAGGUACCCCUGAUUUGAGAAAAACCACCACCUGUGAAUUCGCAUUUAUCAUGACUUGUUGAAUGCAGUUGUACUCGCUGUGACGAAUAAAAUAUAACGACAAUAAUGAUAAUAAUAUUGUUUUUUAUUUAUUUGAAAUAGAAAACGUGCUGAUAAUCGAAUGUUUUUAGUCGUUCAAAAGCAUUUAAGAUUCACUGAAAACGUUUCUAUAGCCGUUGAUGUCAAUCAAUUAUUAUAUCAUAUAGUUAUUCUACCUAUUGUUUGAGUUGAAGUAUAUAAAAUGAUAACUGUUAUGAGUUUUUGCAAUUUGUUGAGGGUUCCUCUCAUUUUUAUUAUAGACCAACUAUUUUAUAGUAGUUUUGAGUUUCCAUAUUUAUAUGAUGCAAUAUUUCCUGUAAAUAGCACACUCAGUCAAGUUGAUAUCAAUGAGUCUGAACAAUAUUACAAAGCUUUCUUCAAAAUCAUAUCAUGUUUAAUGUUUUGUGCAUCAUUAAGUUUAUUGGUUCUAAAUGUAAGGUAUUUAUUCAUACUAUACCUUCAAGGAGUUUCUGUUUAUAUUGUAUUUUAUUCUUACUGGGCAAACAUUCAAACAAUAGAAGUUUUAUCAGGAAAAUAUGAAAACUUUAAUGAAGACAUUGUAAAUGAAGUUAUAACAUGGAAUGUUUAUGGAAUAAUACAUUUUUUUACACAUUCACAAUUAUACCAGUUAUUCUGCAGUAUAAUGUUACAAUAUUUUCUAUCAUUAGUAUUUGAAUUUGUUCACGUCUUAAUUACUGAUCAUUCAAUGCAUAAUAUUUUCAAGUAUAGCUUUUUUAUUCCUACUUUAAUUGCAUUAAUACUCAAAACGAGUAACAUUUUAAAUACAGUAAUUAUGUUAUCAACAUUGUUGCAAUUGUUUGUUUUGAUAAAAACAUUUUGGUUUAUUGUAUUUAUGAUGACAGAUUUAAUUCGGGAUGGAUAUAACUAUACACAAGAGAUCAUCAAUAAUAUUGGAGUAUUUAUUUUUAUUGAAUCAGAAUGGUCUCGUCUUAAAAUAUCAAGUGUCUUACGAAUAUUUUGGGUGACUAGAGUACUACUUCACAUUCUACACAUGCAAUAUAUAGAAAUAAAAAAUGAAACGUUGUUUGAAGCUAUAAAGUAUUUCUUAAUAAAAGGAAACGACACAUUUAUAGCGGUUUUGGGGAUGACAAGUUUUGUAUCAUACUUUUGUGAUUAUAUAGGAGCAUUCUUCCAAUGGGUGCUAUUGGUUGAUGAGUUGGAUGACAUCAGUGGUGGAAUAAUUUCUGCAAUAUUAUUUGUUAUGCUAGCUUUACAAACUGGUAUAACAGGAUUAGAUCCAGAAAAUCGUUUGAUAAAACUCUUUGAAAAUAGUUUUUUAAUUUGUGCUAUCUUACAACAUUAUAUUCUUAAUAUGGUUAAUGAAUUAUUAAUGUUUUUAACUGCUUCGUACAAUACUUCACUUAAAAGGCAUUUAAGAGCUCUCUUAGUUUGCGGAUUUCUUAUAGUGUUAUCAGUAAUUAUUUUAAUAUAUUUGUGGUCUAACCAUUCAGUUAGUCCUUGGCUACUAUCAGUUUCUUCCUUAAAUAUUGUAACUAUUAUUAAAGUAUUGGUAUCAUUGGCUGUCUAUUCAUUAUUAUUAAUUGAUACUUAUUGCUCUAAAGCCUGGGAUAAAUUGGAUGAUUAUGUGAACUACAUCAAUUUAUUUGGAAAUAUAGUAGAAUUUUGUUCUUCCAUAUUUCUUCUUCUGAAUGGUAUUUAUAAUGUGAGUUUUGUAUCUGGUGGUAAAAUGCGUGCAUUCAUUAUUUGGAUACAAGUAUGUUCAAACACAUGUCAAGCUAGGAAUAAAUGGGAAGAAUUCACUAAGCGCAGUACAGUUAUGAAAAAAAUUGAAUCAUUAUCACAAGCAACUAAUAUUCAAUUGUCUAAAUUUAAUGAUGUUUGUGCUAUAUGUCUUGAAAAUAUGAGAUCAGCAAGAAUAACUAAAUGCAAUCAUUAUUUCCACGGCGAAUGUCUGCGUAAAUGGUUCUAUGUAAAUGAUCAAUGUCCAAUGUGUCAAUAUGUCAUGGUAUUUCAAGCAACAGAGUAGAAAUAUAAACAAAUCUAGACACAGAAUAUAAUCAACUUUCAAGAUCUUAAAAACAAUAUUUAUAGUGAUAUAGUGAUAAUUAUUAGUUAUUUUGUACUGAUUAGAUUUUAUUCUUAGUUUUUACGAAAUAUGUCUACAACUUUACAAUUUGUAAAAAAAAGAAAUGUUAUUUUGUAUUUUCCUCAUGUUUGUUUAUUGUACU